AUGCUUAAAAUUCAGCAACUUACAGAAGAUAUCUACUGGCUUGGCGCUUUAGAUCCCACGCUAGCAGUAUUUGAUAUCAUUAUGGAGACAAAAUAUGGAACAACGUACAAUGCUUACAUGAUUAAGACACCAGCAGGAGCAGUUCUCGUUGAAACCGUGAAAGAAUGCUUCUUUGAAGAGUAUAUUGAAAAAGUUAAGUCCGUUAUUGGCGAUAUUAACAACAUUAAGUAUUUAAUUACAAAUCAUACAGAACCAGACCAUUCCGGCUCAAUCAAGAAGAUAAUUGAAAUUAUUCCAGGUCUUACAGUUAUCGGCUCUAAAACAGCACUUACUUAUCUUGAAGACAUUGUAAAUAUUCCAUUCCGUGGUCACUCUGCUGAAGAUCUCAAGGCCUUGAAAUUCGGAGGAAAGACAUUUGAGUUCAUCUCAUGCCCAUUCCUUCACUGGCCAGACUCAAUGUAUACAUGGCUUCCAGAAGAACAAGCAUUAUUCACUUGCGACUCCUUCGGCGCUCACUACUCGCCAAAGAAAUCAAUCCUCAUGAGUGAACUUCCUCCAGAGGAGGAGGACGGCUACCAGGAAGCCCUUCUUUACUACUACACCGCAAUUUUCGGGCCAUUCAAAGACUUCGUUAUCAAAGGAACAGACAAAAUCCUCGAUCUCGACAUCAAGAUCAUCUGCCUCGGCCACGGCCCAGUCCUUGAUGCUCGCGUUCAAGAGACAAUCGAUACAUAUCGCAAAUGGAGUGAACCAGCUCUUCCUCAUCCAGGCAUCGAAGUUGUUAUGGUCUAUGCAUCCGCUUACGGCUACACAACCGAGAUGGCUGAAGAAAUCAAGAAUGGAAUUUUAGAUAAAAUCCCAGAUGCAAGCGUAAAGAUGUACAACGUCAACAUACAAAACUACGGCGGCAUGAAAGCCGACAUUAUGAACUCGAUUGCUACAGCAGAUGGCGUUCUUCUCGGUACAAAUACGAUCAAUGGAGAUGCAGUUCCUCCAAUUUGGGAUGUCGCACUUUCAAUGAACCCGAUCGUCCACGGCGGCAAGAUUGUCACCGCAUUCGGCUCAUACGGAUGGUCAGGAGAAGGUGUUGACAACAUCAUCAACAGAUUCGACAAGAUCCGCUGCAAAGUCGUCGAACCAAUCAAGAUAAAGUUCCGCAUGUCCAAGAAAGAACACAAGCAAGUACGCGAAUUCGGUCGCCGCUUUGCAGAUUGCUUAGAAUCAGGCGAAGUUCCAGAUCGCGCCGUUCCAGGCAGAGUUGUCGGCGCUAAGGACUGGAGCGAGCUCAAUCCUACAGGAGCAAUCGUCCUUUGGCGUUGCGUAAUUUGCGGAGAAAUUUAUGCCGGUGUUACACCUCCUCUCGUUUGCCCAGCAUGCGGCGUCGGACAAGAUUUGUUCGAACUGUACGAGGCAGAGGAAGUUACAUGCAGUUCCUUCGAAAAUCUCAAAUUUGUCGUUGUCGGAUCUGGCGCUGCCGCAGUUUCCGCCAUCGAUGCCAUCCGCGCUCGCAACACAGUCGCUUCUAUCACGAUGCUGACUCGGGAAAAGAUUAUGCCGUAUUACAGACCGAUAAUCGUCGACGCCUUGAAUUCAGAGAUCUCUCCAGAGAACUACUAUCUCAAGAACGAGGACUGGUACACAGAAAACAACAUUACAGUCAAGUUAGGCACAACAGUCAAAUCAAUCGACACAGCACGUAAAUCUCUUACAUUAUCCGACGGUUCUACAAUGCAAUACGACAGAUUAAUACUUGCUACAGGCUCCCGUCCAUUCGUUCCUCCAAUAGGCCACGAAGGAUUAACAGGAGUUUACGUAAUCAGAACUUCUAACGAUGUAGAGCUUCUCAAGGAAACCUGCAAGACCGCAAAGAAGGCCGUUGUCAUCGGUGGCGGCGUUCUUGGCUUAGAAAACGCCUCCGCCAUCAAAGAUAGAGGACUUUCCGUAACAGUCGUCGAAUGCAUGCCAAGAUUGAUGGCCAGACAGCUCGAUCCAGAAGCCUCCGAGAUCCUCCAGGGCUUCGUCAGAGACUACGGCGUUGAUCUAAGAAUGGGUCAAUGCGUGGUCAUAAAAGGUGACGGAAAGAAAGUUACGGGCGUGCAGGUAGGCGAUGAAUUUAUUUCUGCCGAUUUUGUUGUUGUCAAUGCGGGUGUUCGUGCCGAAUCAGAAGUCGCUGCAGCAGCAGGAAUCGAGUGCAGCCGCGGCAUCACAGUCAACAACAAGAUGGAGACAUCAGCACAAGAUGUUUACGCCGCUGGUGACUGCGCGUACAUGGAGAACAUAAACCAAGGUUUGUGGGCACCUGCUCUUGCUAUGGGUAAAGUUGCAGGAGCAAACGCUGCAGGAGACUCAAAGACAUUCCACUUCUCAAUUGAACCAGUAAACAUGAUCGCAAUGGGAACUGAUUUGUUCGCUGUCGGAAUUCCACCGGAUUCUCCAAAGGGAUACAACGUUAUCUCUCAAAGAGAUGAAAAAGAAGGAACAGCAAUCAAGUUGUACUUCAAGGAUAACAGACUGGUUUACGCUGCUGGAUUCAAGUGCCAGAAACAAUCUGGUUUCUUACUUAAGGGUGUUAGAAAUGGUCAUACUUUACAGCACGUUCUUGCUGAAUUGUUUUGA